UUCCUAAAGAAAAUGAAUCACGAGGACUACAGCUUAGUAUCAAUAAUCAAGAGGUUUGGAAAUAAGUGUGAAACUGAGAUAUCAGAGAGCAACUUUUCUCUUAACAGUCAUUUGAACAACUCGCAAGAACCAAGAAAGCCUAAGGCAGCAUUUCCGAAUAUUAAUUAUCUGAAAGAGCAAAACCAAAGCCCGAGAGGACAUAGUGUAAAAUAAUGGAAUUGAACAAGAUUUUCCAUUGACGUUAAAUAAUCCUCAACCUGGCAGAUAUACAGUUGCAAAGAAACCGAAAGUUGAGAAAAAUUAUAAGGAAAAUCCUAACCAGAAAUAGCAAGGUCACGAGGAUCAUUAAGUGAGACCUGGUCAGAGAACCUCGAGGGAGAGAAGAAGUCUUUGUCAGGGGUAGAGGCAAAUUUAGCAGAGAAGCAUCAGCCAAUCCUGUUAUUAAAUCCAUCAGUGAUUUUGAUUACAACAAUCCACUUACUGAACGGAACUGUAAGAAUAGAGGGAGAUCUGAAGGCCCCAGAAGAAGCACUGAGACUAAUAUAUUAUUCAAAUUAGGAAAUCUAGAUGAUGCUUUGAAAAAGGCCCAAAAUUUGUUGGAUAACAAGCCUAAGGAUGAAAACUAUCUUUACCUCAAAGGAAGAGUUCUUGAGAAACUUGAACGAGAGAAAGAAGCAGAAUACUGCUUUAAAGAGGCACUAGAUAUUAAUCCAAAGUUUUCUCAAGCAGCAUUCUAUCUAGCUGCGAUUGAGAACAAGAGAGGCAACUUUGAAAAGUCUAUUGAGUUGUACAAUUAUGCACUAUCAAAAGACCAGAUUCCUAUUGGAAAUCACAAGAUUACUACACCUUUUGUAUCUGUGGAUAUUGGUGUUGCUAGUGAUAAUACUAUUAAAGCAAAUAUUUCUGGUAGUAAGCAGCAACUAAAGAGUACUCUAAAGCCUCUAAGCACACUGAGAAAAGAGAAUACCCUAAAUUCCUCGGAGAAAAGCACCAAAGUAGCGUCAACAAUUAAGGAAAAGAAGAUGAAAAGGCAUAAGAGGAUUAGUCAUCCUGAUCCAAAAAUUUUAAAAUCUGGUGGAAAGAUGAAAAACUUCUCUCCCAAAAAUACAACAAAAGCUUAUACAAUGGAGAAUUCUCCGGCUAUUGAACAGAAGAAGCUAAGAAAGGCAUGGAGGAUGACCAAGAAUAGGACCCAUAAGAAGAAAAUUAGCUGUGGAAAUAGCAAGGAUUAUCCAGCAGCCUUCUAUUCGUUAGGGAAUAGUCUUAACAAAGCAGAGACUAUUAGUGCUUCUUCAGGCAACCCUUUUACUUCUAAUCUACAAAGUUCCCAAGACGAGAAGAACUCGCUUCCAACCAACCUUGAAGCAAUAUCAAAGAUAUGUAAAUCUACCAAGAAGAAAAAGAAAGCAAAAAAGCUAAAUUUUUCAGACAGGAUGCUUUCAUCCAAGCUAUAUUCCAUAAAAAGACAGGAGAUUUUCCUGUACAACAAAAAGGCAAACCAAAAAGGAAUUUCAAAAACUCAGAACCAGAGUUGUAACACCAGUAGGGUGAGGAAGACUAAGCCAGGGACUAUUCCUAGAACUUGUUUUAACUCUGCGAACAAGAGCAGGCAUGGAAAGAGACCUGGGAAAUCUCAAUAUUCUGCCUCUAAACCCACUAAGACCUCAAAAAGCAGUUGGAAUUGUAUGAAGAAUAAGAUGAAAGCUACAGCUAGGGUUAAUCUUUCAGAUAGCUCCUCUAUUCUGAUUGAUCAUGGCGAUCGGUCUAAUAGAGACAUCCGGGCUUUUAUGACCCAUAGAGAACCCAGAAAGUCCAAUAAUCGAAAAUUAAAUCAGAGAUAUGAUACUUCUGCUAGUAAGAAUGGAUCUGAGAUCGACCCAAGUGAUACAUUUGCUUUGAUCCAGAAACAUUUAAAAACAGAUUCAAAAUAUGGGAACUCAAAACCACAGACAACUGCGGAGAAUUUUGUGUCAAGAAUGUCGAAUUCUAAUAACAAUGAAUCCCAAUCUAAACCUAGUCAGGAUAACUUUUCUGGGUCCCAACUGUGAAAAGUUCAAAGAAAUCCAAAAAUAGUAGGAAGCCAUCAGGUUAGUUUAAACAGAGGAGUAGGAAUAGGAAGCGAUUCUUAUACCAGGAACACAGAUAUGGAAUUUUCUAAAGUUCUAAACACAGGAACUUCUGAUAACUCCUCAUACAGUAAUGCUUAUGCUAAAAGAGUGGAUGAGCUUAUCAAAUCCACAAAAAGCUAUAGUAAUUCCAAAAAUCCAUUUCAUUUACUAUACAGCAGAACAAACAAAAUCCUUUGAAGAGACAGCUACAUCACCAAAACAAAAGAGGCUGAGGGAAGUAACCUCCUAUAACCCAUCUAAAUUCAACCUCUUAA